UCUCAGGAAUAGGCAGCAUAUCACAGAACGUGGGAGUGUAUGUGGAUAGAGUCCUUAGACACUUUGUCAUGUCUUUGCCAUCGUUUACACGUGACACAACGGACCUUUUAUCUAAACUUGAUGGUUUAGUGGUAGAGGAGAAUACCCUUUUAGGUGGAAUCGAUGUGGAAGCAUUAUAUUCCUCAAUUCCGCACGAUCAAGGCCUCAAAGCUCUAUCCUAUUAUCUGUCUUCUAGGGGCACAUACAUGCAGAGUCACAAUGCCUUCGUUUUGAAAUUGAUGGAAUAUAUCCUUGUCCACAAUUACUUUCUCUUCGACGGACGCCAUUAUCAUCAACUAAAAGGGACUGCCAUGGGCAGUCCCUGUGCGCCAACCUACGCUAACAUCUUUUUAGGUUGGUGGGAGGCCACAAUGGCGUUCGUCGGAGACAGAGAAAAAUAUCUGGACCUUGUCCCAUUCUGGACAAGGUAUAUAGAUGAUGUUCUUGUAUUGUGGACGGGCACAGCUUGUGAAUUUAAACAAUUCAUAGAAUCCAUUAAUCAAAACGAUUUGGGCCUUACUUUUACUUUCACUCUGGACCCAUCCUCCCUUGAUUUCUUGGAUGUGACCAUUGUGAAGGAUGCACUAGGUGGGCUUAUUACUAGGGUCUUUCGGAAAGCCACUGCUACUAAUAGCCUCCUGAGGUGGGAGAGUUGUCACCCGGGACCCCUUAAGAGGGGUAUCCCGAAGGGACAAUAUCUCCGCCUCAGGAGGAACUGUACACAAGAGAGGGAGUUUUUGAGACAGGCUGGGGAUCUGAGAUCCAGAUUCAGAGACAGGGGUUACCCGGACCGGGUUCUUAUUCCAGCUUUUAAACACGCAAAAGCUACCCCUAGACAACAAUUAUUGGUACCCAAGAAGCACCCGGAGACGGCACCUUUAUGUAGGGUGAUUGGUACCUUUGACAACAUGUCAGGCCCCAUACGUGAGAUAUUACAACGACAUUGGGGCAUAUUACAGAUGGAUAAAGAUCUCAGGACUUUUGUCGGAGAUUACCCACAAAUCACAUACAGAAAAGGGAAAAGUAUAGGGGACAUGGUCACGCAUAGUCAUCUUGCCCCUCUUCCCCCCCCUAGCACCUGGCUAGACAGAAGUAACAUCACAGGAUCUCACAAAUGUGGUCAUUGCCGGGCAUGUCCCUUUAUGAAAAAAACAGAAAGUGUUACCAUCACAAUUUCUAACAAACUAUUUAAGAUCAAAGAUUUCAUCAAUUGUAGUACCAGGGCAGUGGUCUAUGUCGCUGUAUGCUCGUGCGCCCUGAUGUACGUAGGUAAGACCAUCAGAGAAUUACGUCGUAGGGUGCUUGAGCACAUAGGUGACAUCAGAAACAAGAGAGACACUGCCCUGGCUAGGCAUGUGAAUGAGAUACAUGGUGGGGACACUAAGGGCAUGACUUUCUUUGGAAUUGAAAAGAUGAAUCCAUCUUCUCGAGGUGGGGAUCUAGACAAGCUUCUUUUACAGCGUGAAGCACGUUGGAUCUUUAAUCUAGAAACUGUCACGCCCAAAGGACUGAAUGAGCUGCUCUGCUAUGGGAGUUUUCUCUAGAAGUGUCCGUGGGGGUAUGCUAAUUAGGGGUGUUUUUCUUAGGUAGUUAGGGGUGGCUGUAGUCAGCCAAUUAGCUAGUACACCCCCUAGUUAGGGAAUACUAGGGCACACUAGGCUUAGGUUCCAGAGCGGGACCGCCCUUUUUAGGGCGGCCACCCCGCCUAGGCAUAGGGCUUAGUUUAGGGAUGCCUAGGCAUUAUAUAGGCUCACUAGGCCCCCGCUAAUCCCUCUCCACCAUCCAUCUAGGGCUUCCCCUACAAUACCCCUCGGACACUUUUUGGUACCCCAAUCUUUGGGAUAUCGUCCCUCAUUACCUCCCCUUAUCCACCAGAGCUGCUUUUGGUUAAUAUUUUUAUCCGAUAUCCUUCUCUGUUUAAUUCUGGGUCUCUGAUCUCUAGCUUGUUUACUCUCAAUUAAUGAUUAUUAUGAAUAUUCAAAUUUCUUAAUUUUACUCUAUCUGUACUACCUAGAUGUGCCAAUCCAUGUACUGUUCCCCUGUUAUACAUUACUCAAUGUCUAAUAUCGGACUCAGUAUAAAUGUCUGGCUAGGCUCUCGCCUACCCUAAUUCACAUAUCCAAAGUGUAUUUUUGGGCUGCCAUUUAAAGCUAAUUUUCCUACCUGUCCUAUCCUGGGACAGUGUAACUGACUUACCUUCGGGUCGGCUAGGGUUAACUAUGCCCGUGCUACCGCCCCGCGAGAUCAGCGGGACGGAUGACGCGCUCUCCAUUGUUUUGGCGCUGGCAUGGAGACGGCGUCGUUAGCCGGGCCACGCCCACCUUAGACCGGAAGCGGAUAAGUCGUCAGACGCCGCUCUUCUCUGACAUGUGUGUGAGUAGCCGGCACGGAAGCUAGGCUCCCCGCCACUGCGGGUUAUACACACAUCGUCAGGUUUUAUCCCAGAUAGACGCCAUAACCGUUGCGUCCGGGUCCUGUCAUUUAUAUGCUGUAAAUGAGUAUUGUGCAUCACAUCCAGCACGCUCUUUGUUGGGGUCGCUAUUGUAUCGAGCUACCCCGAUAUUAAUUCUCAUAUACAAUAACUGUAUUGUUCUACGCCAGUUAGCCCCUGAUGAGGUCACAUGUAACCAUGUGCUGAAACGCGUUGGGCAUAGCUAGCAACUAUAUCUAUAUUAUCUAUCAGCAGCAUACAAUUUACAUUGGGCUACUGCAUUUGUGGGACAAUCCCUUUACAUGCAAUUUUAACAGCCUUGUUAGUGUCUAUCCUUA